AAAAUACUCCUUCGCCUAAGAUUUUGGAGGCCCAGUUCUGUUAUUUAUGAACCACCGUUAUGGGCCGGAUUUUGACGGGCCUAGACGUGGAGGCCCAGGCUCCUUUUUUUUUUUUAUGCUAACCCUUUUUUCAAUCCCACAUCAAUCAAUAAACCUUCUUCCAUCGAAGUCUUCCUUCUAAUCCCACCUCGCUAUGGAACCAACAGCUCCGGCGGAGGUGGACCCGGAGCUCCCUGAGAGCCCUAACGAUGUCGUUUCUGACGACUCAUCACCGGACACGGACAUCACACUGUCUCCAGCCCCACCGGAGGAUGCCAAUACGGAAGACCCACAAAAUUCUCCGGAAGAUCCUCACCGUUUCUCGUCCGAAAACGCCAACACGACAAACGAUGCUCCGGUUUCGGACUCGCAGGGUAACUCUUCCGACACCGUUCCAGAUGUUCAACCGCAGAAUGCUAAUUUGAACUCCACCGAGCCGGGUCCACCGGUCAGGAAACGUCGCCGUCGAAAGCGCUUCUUUACCGAACUCAACGGCAACCCGCUGAAUCGACGUCCCAGAGUACCAGACGUCUCUAAGGAAGUCGACACGGAGGCUUUAAUUGCAGUCUCCGUCGGUUUCCCAGUUGAUUCACUCACUGAAGAGGAAAUUGAAGCAAAUGUAGUGUCGAGAAUCGGCGGUAAGGAGCAAUCAGAUUACAUUCUUGUGAGAAACCACAUUCUCGCUCGCUGGAGAUCAAAUGUGUCUGUUUGGUUGACGCGGGAUCACGUUCUUGAAUCAAUCCAAGCUGAGCUCAGAAACGUGGUUGACCCUGCUUACAAUUUUCUUCUUGAACAUGGGUACAUCAAUUUUGGUUUAGCACCAGCCAUUAAAGAGGUCAAAUUGAGGUCGUUUGAUGGUGUAGAGAGAGGAAAUGUGGUGAUAGUGGGUGCAGGUCUUGCAGGCUUGGUUGCGGCAAGGCAGCUAGUGUCCAUGGGGUUUAAAGUUGUGAUCUUGGAGGGCAGGGACCGGCCUGGGGGACGUGUAAAGACGAGGAAGAUGAAGGGUGAUGGAGUGGUUGCUGCAUUUGAUCUUGGUGGUAGUGUCCUCACCGGAAUUAAUGGGAAUCCACUUGGGGUUCUCGCAAGGCAGUUGGAGUUACCUCUUCAUAAGGUGAGAGAUAAUUGCCCUCUAUAUUUACCUGAUGGAAAAGCUGUAGAUGCCGAUAUGGAUUCUAGGGUAGAGGUUUCGUUUAAUCAAUUACUAGAUAGAGUUUGUAAGCUUAGGCAGUCUAUGCUAGAGGAAGUUAAUUCCGUUGAUGUUUCACUAGGGACUGCCAUUGAAGCAUUUAGGAGCGUUUACAAGGUUGCUGGGGAUAGGCAGGAGAGGAUGUUGUUGAAUUGGCAUCUUGCGAAUUUGGAGUAUGCCAAUGCUACUUUGAUGUCUAAUUUGUCAAUGGCUUAUUGGGAUCAGGAUGAUCCAUAUGAGAUGGGUGGUGAUCAUUGUUUUAUUCCUGGUGGCAAUGAGAGGUUUGUUCGAGCUCUGGCGGAGGACCUCCCAAUUUUUUAUGGCAGGACUGUAGAAAGCAUUAGGUAUGGUAUUGAUGGAGUCAGGGUUUAUGCAUCUGGACAGGAGUUUCAGGGGGAUAUGGUUCUUUGUACAGUGCCAUUAGGUGUGCUUAAGAAGGGAAAAAUUGAAUUUGUUCCCGAACUUCCACAGAAGAAGAAGGAUGCAAUUCAGAGGUUAGGAUAUGGUUUGCUGAAUAAGGUUGCCAUGUUGUUUCCAUACGAUUUUUGGGGUGGGAAGAUUGACACUUUUGGGCAUCUGACAGAAGAUUCGAGUAUGAGGGGUGAGUUCUUUUUGUUUUACAGCUAUUCUUCUGUGUCUGGAGGUCCACUCCUUGUUGCCCUUGUUGCAGGGGAUGCUGCAAUUAACUUUGAGAUGAUGUCUCCAGUGGAGUCAGUAAAGAGGGUAUUAGACAUAUUGAGGGGGAUUUUUCAUCCUAAAGGAAUUGUUGUCCCAGAUCCAGUUCAGGCAGUCUGUACUCGCUGGGGGAAAGAUUGCUUCACAUAUGGAUCCUACUCUUACGUUGCAAUAGGCUCUUCAGGAGAUGACUAUGAUCUUCUAGCUGAAAGUGUGGGAGACGGCAGAGUUUUCUUCGCUGGUGAGGCAACUAACAAACAAUACCCAGCAACCAUGCAUGGAGCCUUUCUAAGUGGCAUGAGAGAGGCUGCUAACAUUAUGAGAGCGGCUAAAAGGAGGUUAUUGGCCCUUGGUGACAAAGUUAGUAAUAAUACUGAGGAAGGUGAUAGUUUAAAUAAAUUGUUCGAGACUCCUGACAUGACAUUUGGGAGCUUCUCCAUUUUAUUUGAUCCCAGGUCACAGGAUCUUGAAUGUCACGCAUUAUUAAGAGUCAAGUUCCAAGGUGAAAAACUGGACUCAGGUUGUUUAUGUCUUUAUGGUUUAAUAACAAGGAAGCAGGCCAUUGAGCUCAGUGAGUUAGAUGUGGAUGGGAGGAGGAUGAACAUCUUACAUCAAAGGUUGGGGGUGAAAUUGGUUGGCAGGAAUGGUCUUUCAGAUACUGCAGAAUCUCUGAUCACACACAUCAGAAUGGCUAAAUUCAACCCGAAUUCAGCAGUUUAAACCAGCGCCAGGCUUAAAAUUGAAACUUUGCCCCAUCAUUCCUCAAGCAAAUUUGUAGAUGGUGAUAACAUUCUUCCUCGCAGAUUUGACCUCCUUUCACUUUUAGGUUGGACUUAUCAUCUGUGUGGAUAAUAACCAAGUCCCACAGGCCAUAGAAAGGCUAAAUUCAAUUGUACGAUUAUUGUACUUUUUCUCUAGUUUCUUUAGGGAAUGCAGGAUUUUCAGUUGUCAGUUAGCUUCUCGUUUUCUUUCCAAGGUUUUACUGAAAAAAUAAAAAUUCUUUCCAAGGUUGAUACAAACCUUAGAAGAAAUACACCUCAAAAGCUAUC